AUGCAGUACUCGGAGGGGCUCGGACCAGGGCCCAGCCGCAACGAGGUCGAGUACUGGCGCUCGUUUGUCGACGAGUUUUUUGUGCCCUCGGGCAUCUUCCGCCUGCUGCUGUGGAACCCGGCGUCGCGAGAGCAGAAGGGCUUCGAGGUGCCCACGUCGGUGCUGCCCCGCUACUUCUACACCAGCUCCGUCUCGGGCGUCCGCAGCUCCCAACUCAGCCUCGACAACCCGCGCGAGUACACCACCGGCUACCCGGCCACGUCGUUGCUGCCGCCGCCGCCGGCCUCGACCAAGUUCCUCAGCAGCUUCCCCUCGCCGCUCGUCACCCACCUGGUCGAGGCGAGCCGGGCGACGAUGUACACCAGCUUCGAAAACGGGUGGCAGGUGCAGAUGGUUGGCCUGCUGCGCGCCCACUUUGUACCCUACGCCAAGCCCGUGGGCCCAUUGCCGGGCCACGAGAACGGCGCCAUGCCGGCGGCGAGGUACGAUGUCCAGCUGCGCCUCGAGUCGCUUGACUUUACCGUCCAUGCGCACACCGGCUACAUCACGCGCGCUGCCAUUCAAAAGACCAAGAUCGAGACGGCCAUCCCCAGCGACGUCGUCCAGCACAUCGUCAGCCGGGCGGCAGCGUCGUCGUCGACAGGGUCAGACGCCGGCACGACGAGCCCGUCCAACAACACCGGCGGCGGUGCGGCGGCCAAGGGAAAGAAGGGCGGAGCGGGCGCCAAGGACCGGAAGGAAGAGGAGCGGGAGCGCGGCGACAAGCUGGGCGAGGCAAAGGCGGACGGCGGCAGCAAAAAGGACGACGAUCGCGACCCUGCCGCCAACGUCAAGAGCGAAGACGACCGCAAUCUCGGCGGCGACGAUGAACCCAAGGCCGCCGCCCAUACACCCUUCACCAUGGCGGUCGAGCAGCACACGCUGCCAGAGUACCCGGUCAACGAGUACGGCAUCUGCCUGCGUGCGAUGCGGUGCCUCGAGAUCACCGAGAGCGUGUGCCAGCUUCGAGACCUGAUCGACGUCAGCUUCAAGGACAAGAUGGGCCCAAUAGACACGCUGCGCAGGUUCGCCGCCCAGUACCGCGAGGCGCAGCAGAACCGGGCUCAGCAGAACGGCGUGCAGCCGAACGGCGCCUCUGCCGUCGGCGGCCAUGGACAACCUGGCAGCCCAGCUACGGGCAUGGCAGGGCAGCCUCUCCGCCCGACCAGCGCCCAGAGCCAGGGCCCCGGUGCCGGUGCCGGUGCUGGCCCUCCGCCGCCGGGCCAGCAGGGACAGCUGCUGCCGAGUACGGACGGCAAUCCGAACGGCACUUCGCCCAGCGGCGCGGCAGUGUCCCAGGGCCCCGCGGGCGUCAAGCGCAAGAACAAGACGGCGCCGAGCCCAAGUCCGAAGCUCGGCCACGCCGCGAGCCCUGCCAAACGCCAAAGAUGA